AUGGCACUGGGACCUGAUGUGCCAACUUUUAUUCCACCAAUAUAUGCUUUCAGCACUGCAGAAGAGAUAUGUGUAAAGAGAUGUUUGCUAUUGCGAGCUCCAUUCGCAGCUAUCAUAGCGAAACACAUUAAAAACCGUGGAAAGAUUAGUGGAACGACACAGCUUAGAAUAACAGUUCGAACAUCAUCAAAAACUAUUUUGCAUUGCAUUCGGCAUCAGAGUCAACGUAAGCCUGAAGCCUAUAAAACUCAUAAUAUUAUCGUCCUUUCAUGA